UUGGUGUUGACAGUAGAAAAAUGGGAGUCAAGACAACCUCGUACUAAGAAAUUGUGCAGUGAUGAGGCCAUAUACCAAUUACCAUUACUAACCGUCAUUCUCUCAAACCACCCGAAAAGCCUCAUUGUUGGACUCCAACACCUGAGGCUCCGAGAAUAGGUAUAGGAUAGGGGUAAGUGAAGCCUUUGUCCUCUGAUUGAUUACACUGUCGUGUCGGAACUCGGAAGCAAUCAAAUGGAAAUGGAUUCAAGUCCAGCAACUGUCUCCAAGCUUGUAGCUAAACUGGAUCUGAAGUCCCACCCAGAAGGCGGCUUCUAUUCUGAAACCUUCAGAGACUUCUCCGUCCAACUCUCUAAAUCUCAUCUUCCCCCUACUUACAAGGUUGAUCGACCUGUCAGUACAUCUAUUUACUUCUUGCUGCCUUCUGGGAGUGUUUCUCACUUGCACCGAAUCCCAAUGGCAGAAACAUGGCACUUUUAUGCAGGAGAAUCUAUUACGGUGUUAGAGCUAAACGAGACUGAUAGUAGCGUCAAGUUAACAGGCAUCGGGCCUGAUCCCCUUGCAGACAAUCAACAAGUGCAAUACACAGUGCCUCCAAAUGUAUGGUUUGGUGCAUUCCCAACAAAGGAUAUAGACAUCUCUGCUGACAAGAAGAAAGCUGUAAAAAAUCCUCCACGAGACGCUGAGAAGCACUUUGCGCUAGUUGGAUGUACGUGUGCUCCUGCCUUCCAGUUUGAUGAUUUCGAGCUUGCAAAACGAUCUUACCUCGUAUCAUGCUUCCCAAAAUAUGAGUCACUGAUAUCUUUGCUCACCUUUGCUGAGACAUCCUAGACUGGAUCUCACCUUAUUUCAUGUUUUUCACAGAAUACAAGUCUUUGACCAUAUCGUUGCUCACCAUUGCAGAGACAUACUAGUUUCUUGUCCCAUAUGUUUAUCAUAGUGAACUCUGAUUUGAAAUGUUUCUUGGUAUCCUUGUGAACGCUUCAACUGUGUCAUUUGUUGUAUGAAACUCCCAGGUUUUACUAUUAUUUGUUUGUUUUGACUUUUUA